GCACAUGUAUGACACUACAUUAAUUCAACGGAAGAACUACAUUACCCAAAAGCCUGUGCGACAUAAGCCGCUCUAGCUGACGACGUGGCCGAGGUACGUUUCAACCCCGUGUUUCAGUAGACCGGGGCGAUUCAAACAAGGCAAACCUGCUUCGUUAGCUAACGUUAGUUCAGAGAGUCGCUGACUUUGGAUGCUUGAACAAGUCUCUCCAGAAGUUUAGUAACCACCACUGUCUAACAAUGUCCGGGAAAAUCAAGAACCGGAGCGCCGCAAACGCAGACUCGAUAACCGGCGGUGUGUCCUGCGAUGAGCGCAUCUUGCGGGAUUGUCAUCAUCUGUACACGGAUCCCGACAGUGGAUUGAUCUCCGUAGCCGAAUCUGUUGGCGUGAAGUUGCUGCCGCCCAGGAAAAAGAUCACUGUGCUGCUGAUGGGCAACCACUCCGCUGGGAAAAGCUCCUUCAUCAACUGGUAUGUUGAAGAGCACAUCCAGCGCACCGGAGUGGCUAUUGAGACGCAGGGCUUCAGCUUUGUUACAAGUGGACGCAAGAGAGAAUCUCUUACAGGAAAUGCCACCCUCCAUCUAUAUCCACACUUCAAGCCUCUGCAACACUUCAAAGGUGUUUCAGAGUACUUGAGCACAGAGAUCUGCACAUCGCGACAGAAACGGUUCAGCCUGGUGACAUUUGUGGAUUCGCCAGGGUUGGUGGAUGGCGAUAUGAAGUAUCCCUUUGAUGUGGAUGAAGUGAUCUUGUGGCUGGGUGAUCUCUGUGACCUGAUUCUGGUCUUCUUUGACCCCAUGGGUCAGGCUCUGUGCAAGCGCACCCUCAACAUUGUGGAGAGUCUGAAUGACAAACACGGGGAUCGACUGCGUUUUUACCUGAGCAAGGCUGACGAGGCUGGGGGGGAGUCGGACAGACAGAGAGUAAUGAUGCAGAUUGUCCAGGAGCUCUGCAAGAGACCGGGACUCAACAAAUGUGGUUUUGACAUGCCCACCAUCUACAUUCCUAAUCCAAAUAAGCAAAGUCGCUGUGUCAACCAGAUUGAGGAGGUGUGUCGCACCGUUGAGAAAACUAUUAACCAUACAGUCCAGAAUACCCUGAACUCCCUGGAGAAGGACUGUGAGCGCAUCAGCGAGGCCAUCACUGAUACGCUCAUCAACGACAGGCAGACCAGUGUUGGGAACCGUCGGGCGCGCUGUAAGAGCUGCUUCCUGACCUUGCUGGGCUUCAGCGUCCCUAUGGCUCUGAUGGCCUUACUGGUGCUGGGCACUCUGUCCCAGGAGUUGUUGGACAUGGCUCUGGGCCGUGAGGGCACAGAAACCCUCUCAAUCUACCUGAAUCCCAUAGUGAGAGUGUUUGAGUCCCUCUCUGUGGAGCAGCAGCUUUACAGCUGUGGUGGACUGGUCCUCCUCUCCUUCCUCCUGCUCAUCAUCGCACGCUUCUCCUUCAGGACUCAAUCAACUCUGUCAGGCAAACAGAAAAGGCAACUGCAGGAGAAGCUAGAGUACGUUCAAGAGGUGGUCAAGACCAAAAAGAAAAAGCUGUAUGAAGAAUACCUUCGCCAGAGCGUCAGCGAUCAGGACAUGGACUUGUAAAGAGAAACAGACAUACACAACUCAGCAUCCCCACAUUGACGUAGGAACAAAUGAAAUCAAAGCAUUUCCAAGGUUUCACACCAGCCUGCAUGUCACUCUGACCACUGGAUGCUGUGUCGGAGAUAAAGUUGUAAGCACACGGUGCCGUUGUGGUGCUUUGGAUACUGUAAAAUCUGUUUACCUAUUAGAUGACGUUACCUCUGAGCUCUUCAACCACACUACCUGCAGAUAGGUUGCAGGGUUUGGGCUCAUGGCAAGUGAGCUUUUGUUACUAAUCACUUAUUUGUUGUGAGCAUUCAAUAUACAUGUAUUCUGUGCCUCUGCUCCACUCAAAGGAAUUCAGGCUCAUACCACUUUAAGAUAUUUAAAAACCUGCAAUGUAUUUAUAAUAUUCCUUUAUCAGAGAAAUUGUAUUUUGGUUGAACGGCAUAUAGCACUGUUUUACAUGAGUCACUUUGUAUGAGCUAGUGUUUCUGAAGACUUUCACCAGCUUUUUAUAUCGGUACCUGACUGUGUAGUAUUACAUCAUGGAUGUCUGUUUAGCCAUCAUGUAGAAUAUUAAAUUAGUCCGCACAACUGAUAUUGAAAAAUGAGGAUUGUGAGCUAGCAAUCAAACAUUUAAUCAAUAACUAAUUCAACUUUUUGUACUUUCCUGUUCUACAUUGUGACCAUGUUUUUAAUUACAACUGACUUAAAUAAAAAAAAUAAUCUUCAA